GAUAGAACAGUGUAGUUGAACUGCUCAAUAUAUGCGAUGAUUUGAGAAAAAUAUACAAUACAAUACAAAAUAAGACAGUUUUGAAAAUUAUUUAUGAAAGGUCGCAGGUGACAUGCUUUUAUACUUCUUUUUUGCAAAAUUGUGUAUGGGUAAAAUAAAAAUUAAUAGAAGUUAUGAAUAAUAAUAAAAUGACCAAAAAUAUGAUAAAAUAAAGAUCAAUAACUAGUGCAUUCCAAGAGCUACUAGUAAAUACUGUGUCCUCAGAAUCCACGCAUUCUUCUUCAAAAAUAUGAAUUUGUUGAAUUUAGUUCACUAUCAACUUUUUUUUUUUUUUUACACAUAAUCAAUGUUCACUAGAUUUUUUUAAAUUGUAAAGCUAGAUAAUUCCAUUUAUAUUUCACAGAUUUUGUCAGAAACUAAAUAAAUUUUAACGGCAUACGAAGACAAAGUUUGCGAAAGUGAGACUCCGUUAGUGGGAAUUGGAAAGAGUAAAGGUUUGAAUGUCAGUAAGACAGGUAUGGAUCCAACGUAAUUUGUAAGUUGGCAAUGAUUUACUGUAAAAUAACUGAAAUUCAGUUAUUUUAAUUUUCAGUAUAUUUAAUUUUGCUUGUUAAAAUUAAUUUAAUCCGUUGGUACAUUAUUCGGAGAUAAAUAAAUUGGUUAGUUAGUUAAAUAAAUUCAUCAUGGAGGAAAACGGUCACGAAAGUAAAAGGCUGAAAUUGUCACAAGAGGUAGAACCGGUAGCAGUAGUAGAUUUGACGCCGAAUUCGCCACCGACGACGACCACCCCAAAACUUCCUGUGUGUCAAUUUGGCGACAAGUGUUAUCGCAGAAAUCCUGCUCAUUUGACAGAAUUUUUUCACCCAUUGCUUGACAAAAUUUAUACGGCAAUGUCCAAAUCCGGAAAUUUUUUCAGCCUCCCUACCGGGUUCGAUAAGCCGGGUGUCGAGCGUGCCACGGUACUGGAACAAAUUCAAAUUUUGAAAGAUGCAAAGCAAAAGGCGAACUCCAGUGAUGAUAAGGCGUUAUCAUCGUCUUCGUGGUCAUCAUCCCUCUCCGAUAUUAGGGAGGAAAGGAAGAGAAAAUUUUUAGAAUCAAGACAAGAGCAAGGUCAAAGUUCUAAAGCAUCGCCGUCAUCGUUGCCGGUUAAGAUUACGACAUCAAGAAAAUCCAUUCUGGACAGGUGGGAGGAGAGUCGCCCCUACAACUAUUUCCUCACCAAGGUCGCCGCCAUCCGGCCUGAAGCUGACCCAGUUUUAUCAGCAAGUUUUAAAGACUUGUUCGACCCAUCUCUUGGCGAAAUAAGUGCCGUCGCUCACAUCAAUUUCAUGAUUGAUCCAGAAUGGUUAAUGGAACAAGUCCACGGGCAACCCGGACUUCAAGAAAAACCCACCAGAAUCAUAUUUGAUGGCGUGGCGAAAGAUAUGCAAGGUUUAGCUGAGGCAUAUCCGUGGGUUAAAGUUUUCGGGGUCAAGUCUCCCUUUCCGUUUGGACAUCAUCACACCAAAAUGAGCCUUGUCCAAUACACCGAUUUGUCGAUGCGGUUCUUGAUCUAUACUGCGAAUUUGAUCGAAUCCGACUGGGAAAAUAGGACCCAAGGAAUCUGGAUAAGUCCACGUUGUCCAAAGAUGCCUGUUUCUUCAUCUUCUUCUGAUGGCGAUUCCUCAACAAAAUUUAGAUCCGACAUGAUCCAAUAUUUAUCAACUUAUCCAGUCCAAGCUACCAGGGCGUGGAUCGAUAUAAUCAAAGGGGUCGAUUGUUCAGAGAUAAAAGUUUACCUAAUCGCGUCUGCUCCUGUGACGGCAAAUUCUGGUACGUCAGGGUUUCAGUGGGGGAGCUGUAAAAUGGAAAAAGUUCUAAAAUCUGUGGUUGAUGAAGAAACUGAUCCUUCCUGGCCGUUGGUUAUACAAUGUUCAUCAAUUGGCACGCUAGGCAAAGGAUUAGGCGAUUGGGUUGAAAGCGAAUUGGGUACCGCAUUUGCAGGAAAGGAUCGCGUACAGAAGGGUCCGAUUCAUUUGAUUUACCCAAGUUAUCCUAACGUCAAAGCUAGCUUUGAAGGACUCCAUGGCGGAGGAUGUCUUCCAUACUCGGCCUCCACCCAUAAGAAGCAGACCUGGCUGGAUAAGUAUUUAUGUCAAUGGAAAGCCGAUCGGUCCGGAAGAUCCAGAGCAGUGCCACACAUCAAGUCCUACUUUAGAAUGUCGCCAGAAAGUGGGGUCAGAAAACUUGCCUGGUUUCUCCUCACGAGUGCGAACUUGUCGAAAGCUGCGUGGGGAAAGUUAAACAAAACCAGAGAUCGGUUAUCAGUCAUGUCGUGGGAGGCUGGGGUGUUAUUCGUUCCGCAAAUUAUGGUGUCACAAAAUCACUUCCGGAUAGAUACAGAUUCCUCAUCAUCAGGAUCAAAUUCUUCUCCACCACCGCCCCCAUUUCCACUCCAUGUCGACAUCCCCGUCGUAAAAUAUGGAAAGGAUGAUCCUCCCUGGUUUUUUGAAAUUUUGCAAGCUCUAAUUUCACAAAGUUCAAGCUAGCCGAAGGUUUUACGUACCACGUAAAUUCAUGCGUACCUUAUCUUCUUAUACUAUUAUGAACCUGUUCUACCAAUUAAUUGUGAAUUUCACAAAAAAUCAAAACAAUAUUUUAAUGAAACUUAAACUAUAAAACUAAACUAUAAAAUACAA